UUCGACCAGUCGAGACGUCAGUCGUUAGUACGACCGCUCGGUACGCGUCUCUUCUCUUGCCUCUGCAUUUAAUCUCUUGCCGAAGACCUUUUCACACUGAACAAUCAUAAAAUUCAGUAAAAAAACACACACAGACAAGCAACGAUGGCGAAAGUUACCGCUCGAUUUUUACACGGUACUGUUAUUAGUUGGUGCGUUCGUCUAUGUUUUAUUGGGGUUUGCUGUGCGAUUAAACGAGACAAUUACGCGUACGAAAUAGACGCAGCGCAUCAUCGUUUAGAGCAUUCGGUGCACAUAGAGGUGCUCGGCGAUGAUCUGUCACAUAAUCAACAAAAGAGGGCCGUGCCAAGUAUAAAAUCGACGCCGAGUAUGACAACUCCGAUCAGUACUACAGAGAAGACCUGGCAGAAACCCUCAAAGCUACCAGACGGCCUGAAGAAAAUCGAAAUUCUCGGUGCCAAUGGUACUGGACAAAGGUGGCCCAAUGUAACCAAUACAUCAGUACUACGUGAUCAAAUCGCCGUAAUACAUCCACCAAUCACCACCAACGCACCUCCGAAUGUCUCAACGAUUUCGCCAGAACCCGAUAUGCCUCCGGGAGUGAUGCCGGACUUUCCGGAUCUUACACCCGAAGACGUAAACGGAGGUGACGACAUCGAGAAACAGGAUUUGGCGAAGAAUAACAUCACCAACAUCAAGUAUGACAACCACAUAUUUUAUAACAGUACCAUGUACAACGAUCCAGAAAAGGGGAAGGAGUUCUGGGUGGACAUGUCCAAACAGGCCGACGUCAAAGUGAACGAUUUGCUUUCUAAUUCACAUAGGAGAGCUGCGACGGUAAAACUCUCCUUCGAAUUCCCGUUUUAUGGACGAUACAUACAAAAUGUGACCAUAGCCACCGGUGGAUUCCUCUACACAGGGAACUACGUGCACUCCUGGUUAGCUGCAACGCAGUACAUUGCUCCAUUAAUGGCGAAUUUUGAUACUGGGAUCUCCAAUGACAGCGUCGUGAGAUACGUGGACAAUGGAACCUCGUUCACGGUUGAGUGGGACAGGGUAGACCUGCAGGACAAACCUGGCAGCGUGUUCACAUUCCAAGUGACCCUAAACAAGAACGGCGACAUCAUUUUCGUCUAUAAAAACGUCUCGAUCCCCAUUAAGAACAUCGACGACAAGUUUCACCCAGUAAAAAUCGGUUUGUCUGACGCAUACAUCUUAGAUCGAACAGUGUUUUACGUCAGACGUAAAACCAUUUACGAGUACCAUCGGGUCAGCUUCAAUAAGGAGGAGAUCAGAAACUGGACAGCGAUUUACCUGAAGGCCUUGCCGACCUGUCUGGACCUCCUUAACUGUUCUUCUUGCUUGACCAAUCAACUUGGAUUAAACUGUUCCUGGUGUCCCAGUUUGAACCAAUGCUCUACAGGUACAGAUCGCAACAGACAGCUGUGGUUGGACAAGAACUGUCCCUUGCGUAACGUGUCUUCGCCAGAGCAUUGUGCCAAUCUGCGUUAUUUUGAGAAGUUUGGCUACGAAUCUACUAAUCAAACGUUAAACGACGAGGUGGAGGGAGUGAGCAAAUAUGGUGACGAGGAUUACAUGGGAACCCUAGCUAGUAGAAGGAGGGAUGCUCCCCUAGGAACCUCCGGGUGUAUCGCCAUCAUUUUCGUGAUGUUAAUGGUCAUUGGGUCUGGAAUAUCAUGGAUGGCCUACGCUUAUAGGAACCCCCACACUACUAGCGGUCAGAUUUUGAUAAGGUAUCGACCCAGUCAAUGGCGAUGGAGGAGGGGCGAAGCUAGAUACACAGCAGCUACGAUUCACAUGUGAUAAUUUCAUGUUUUUAGGCUAACUGAAGUACUUCAUACCAUAGGUAAUAUUGCAUUCCAUUUCUAGAAAAAUAGACGUAGUGGUACUCUCAUAGAUUUUAAUUAAAUACGAAUACAACACAUUUUUUUAUGAUUUAGACUAGUAUAUAAAUAGGUGAACAUAUCUGUACCGCCUAGUUGUUUGACGAUUGUAAAUACAAAGUAUUUCAUAAUUUUUAAUUGUAUGUCUUUUAGCAAAUAUUUCUCUCUGCCGUUUAAUUGUAUGUUAAAGACGUUUCUCAUAUUGAUAAAUAAUAAGUAAAUAAUGUACUGUGAUAAGUUAUAUAUAGGUAAGAAGCUUAGAUAAAUUAGAUUAUCAUUUUUUGUAUAUAUAGGUAUUAUAUAUAAAUAAAUACGUAUUAUAAAGAAAAGAA